UGCGCAUUGCGAGCCAAAUUCUCAAAAGCUCAAAUUGAAAUUCCAUUCCUUGGUAACGAAAAUAUCAAACUUUAAGCUUGAAGUGGUUGUUAAUCAGUCAAUUGUUCGCGUGUAAAAUUAAUCGAGCGAAUUUCUAGUUUGUCAAUUGUUCUUCUACCGGUGUUUUAUACGUUUGUGUAUUUUUAAAUAAUCAAUUUUAUUCAUGUUUCGUAUCCGAUAAACACUUCUUGCUUAAAAUGGCGGUAGCUGCAGCGGCCGCUUUACUUGAUGAGCUUAUGGGCCGAAGUCGAAACGAUGGUAGUGCUGUGAAGAAGAAAAAAGUGAAAUGGGAAGACCCAGAGUAUUGUCAAUACUACAUGGUCAAAUUCUGCCCUCACGAUUUAUUCGUAAAUACUAAAGCGGAUCUAGGACCAUGUACGAAACUGCACUGCGAAGAAGCUAAAGGUCAAUUCAGCGAAGCCGAAGAUACCUUCAUGAAAUUACAAUACGAAGAAGAUUUUGUACGUUUUGCGCAAGGUAUGCUCAACGAAGUUGAACGAAAAAUCAUUAAAGGUGAACAACGGCUUGCUCUCAUGGGCAAAUCGGAGCCUCCGCCGCAACUAUCGAGCGCGCAAACGCAAAAAAAUGAAGAACAGAUCACCCUAUUGAGCGAAAAAAUCAACAAUUUAGUCAGCGAAGCUGAACAAAUGGGUAUCCAAGGAAACGUCGAACAAGCCCAAGGGUUGAUGAAGUUAUGCGAUAAACUGAAAGAAGAACGAGAGACUUUGGUACGUCAGAAUGAAAACAGCCAUUGGUCGGCUACCGUCGAGUUGGCUGUCGCUCAAGAAAAACAAAUGGAAGUUUGUAAAGUAUGCGGAGCGUUUUUAAUCGUCGGCGAUGCACAGUCUCGUAUCGAUGACCAUUUAAUGGGUAAACAGCAUACUGGAUAUGGACGUUUGAAAAACGCUGUCGACGAAAUAACGAAAAAACAUGAAAAUAUUAAACAAGAUCGACUGCGAAAACGUGAAGAAGAACGAAACAAAAGAUUCGGUGAUAGAGACGAUAAAAGACGAGACAAUGAUCGAAGUCGACGAAUAAAUAGAUCUAGAAGUCGAGAAAGAGACCGAACCCGAGAACGCGAUCAUGAUCGAAGACCAGACAGAGAUCGCGAACGAGACAGAGAUAAAAAGAAUCGUAGUCAACGAGAUGACACCAGAAGUAAAUCUAAAGAAAAGAAGGAUCGUGAUAGAUCGAAGGACCGCGACAGGUCGAAGGAUCGUGAUAAAUCGAAAGAGCAUAUUAGAAAAGACAACAGCAGCCACGGACGUAGUAGUGAAACUCGUGUCAGAGAUGAUCGAGAUAAAUAUAAAGAUAAACAUCGAAAUGACGAUGAUCGUAAAUUGAAUGGAAGACACCGUGAUAAAGACAGACCCCGAAGAGACUAAAACUAAACUAUGGUACGUUCAGUUACCUUUUUUUUAUAUUAAAAAAAAACAUUUCGUUCAAGUUUUGCCAUGUUUUUUUUUUAAAAAAGCAAUACAUUUACGUGUGUGUAUUCUAAUUAGGACUUUUUUUGAAUUUUUUAUUGUACGGUAUGUUAAGAUUGUACGUAUCUUUUCACAAAGGUGUUAUAGUUGUUAAUUUGAUAUUAGAAAAUAUCGAAAGCUUCGUUAAUGUUGUACAAUUUCGCGUGAUGUAUUCUGAUUCUGAAUUUCAUUCAACCGACACGUUCCUCUUGUUUUCCGAUUGUAUUUUUCUUGUAGAGCAAUUUAAGUAUAAAUGAAGAAGCUCAUCGAAGACGUAUUGUUUUAUUUUCGAACGCAGGUUUUUUUGUACAUCUUUUUUGAAGGAUUUUAUGACUUGGGAAUAGUAUGUUAAUUUGUUUUAAUGCUGGGUUUUCUAUUGUAGUGAUUUUCGGAAGUUUUUUUUUUAUUGAUUUAUUUGAUUGGAAUUUUUUUUGAUUUCUUGUUUAGAAAAAUUUGCAAUGUUGAACCGUAAUAAUAAUGAUAUUAAAGUAUUUAUAGAGGUUUGUUCUGUUUUACAUCGACUGUAUUAUAUUUUCAUAAAAUGUUUGCCAUUA